CCACCUACGCACCUAAAGUGAGUCACCACUUUCAUACCCCAUUUCCGCUCUCAUCAGGUACUCUCUCUUUCUCUCUCUACAUUCUUGGAGAUUUUUUUUUCCAUUAAUCAUGUAACCACAAAUGUUUAUGAACCAUAAUACCCCCAUUAAAUUAACCCCCCAAAAUUAAAGGUCUAUCUGCCAUAAACCGAAAUCACUCAUCUUUAAAAGAUACAUCAGGUGACACUUGCUAGCUUCUGAUUGGCCCAUCUUUUUUCUCAUCAAGGGAAUCAUGUUAUCUGCCAAAACUCUACAGUUCACACCCCUCGUAAAGUCCAAUGCUUUUACUCUUCCAUUCCAAAACACUGUCCCGAUAACCGCCAAAUUCAAACUCAACACCAAAAGAACAUGCCUCAAAUCAUCCUUACACUCACUAAUCGCCGCAGAAACUAACACCAAAGAUUCUUCCACCUCUGCCCAAACCCGAGUCGAGAUUCUAUCCGAAGCACUUCCCUUCAUUCAAAAAUUCCGUGGUAAAACUAUUGUUGUCAAAUACGGUGGAGCCGCAAUGAAAUCCGAAGCCCUACAGGCCUCAGUAAUCGCAGAUAUCGUCCUCCUCUCGUGUGUGGGCAUCCGUAUAGUAUUCGUCCACGGUGGUGGGCCCGAGAUAAAUCAAUGGCUCGCAAAACUAAACAUACAACCAAACUUCCUCAACGGACUCCGAGUCACCGACGCAUCGACAAUGGAAAUCGUGUCAAUGGUUUUGGUUGGCAAAGUCAACAAACACCUCGUCGCCUUGAUCAACAAGGCGGGUGCAACAGCCGUCGGAUUAUCGGGAAUCGACGGCCGGAUCUUAACCGCCCGCCCGUCACCGUAUUCCUCGCAACUAGGGUUCGUGGGCGAGAUAGCGAGCGUGGACCCCACGAUAAUCCGGCCGCUAGUAGACAACGGCCACAUCCCCGUCAUCGCCUCCGUGGCAGCUGAUGUGGAGGGGCAGUCGUACAAUAUCAAUGCCGACACGGCGGCCGGCGAGCUGGCAGCGGCACUGGGGGCGGAGAAGCUGAUCUUGCUGACGGAUGUGGCGGGGAUAUUGGAGGACCGUGAAGAUCCAGGGAGUUUGGUGAGGGAGAUUGAUAUAAGAGGUGUGAAGAAGAUGAUCGAAGAUGGGAAGGUUGCAGGCGGGAUGAUACCUAAGGUGAAUUGUUGUGUGAGGUCUUUGGCUCAAGGGGUUAAGACAACGAGUAUUAUAGAUGGUCGGUUGAAGCAUUCUCUUUUGCUCGAGAUUCUCACCGGUGAAGGUGCCGGAACAAUGAUCACCGGAUGAAACAACUGUUUUUCGGCUAUUUUAUUAAAUGUUCUUGAUGUUUUGUGUUUUCCUUGUUAUGUUAUAUCAAUAAUGUGUAAAUUAUUGGUACGGAAUGAGCAACAUAGUAAAGGGAAAGCUCUGUUACUUGAGAACCAAGAGUGUGUCUGCAUUUACAUUUUCUUAUUGAAGUAAAGUUUUUUUAACUUGUU